CAAUUCACUCCGUCACUCUCUCUCUCCGUGUCUCUUGGUGUAUGUAUAAUAUAAAAGAAGUGAAAUAAAUAAUAAACAUUACUGCGAGAGUAGUCGAGGGAGAAAAAACCAACCAAACAACAAACCACAACUACCACCAAUUUACAUUUCGUAGUGGCAAAAGCAUGCUGCCCGGUACAUGCCGGAUAGUGCCAAAUUGGUCGUCCUAACCACGACACGCAGGGUCUCGACCAAGUUUGUAGUUGAGUGGACGACGACGACGACGACUUAUCAUCAAGUCUGAUCUUAUCUUGUCACAUCAUCAUCCGAGACGAAAACGGUGGUGACGGUGCAACCUCCUCCUGACCUGUCAUGGUGUGAUUAUGAGUAGGGAGGAAGAUGAGCGGCCGCCUGGAGGCCAUCACCACCCUCGUCACAACAACAACCACCCCACCGACAAAUUCCACACCGAAUCAGAGAGACUUCCACCCACAGCAAAAGAAGCACAUCACAAAACAGCAGCAGCACAAACACGACACGGCCAAUUUAAGUAUUAGCCUCGGCUCGAAUAACAGUAAUAAGAAGGGUAGUAAGAACAAUAAGAGUAAUAAGGACGGUGGUUGCAUUAGUAAUAAUAUCAGUGGCACGAGUGGUGCUUGUGGAGGAGGAGGAACAACGAUUCUUAGCCUGUCCGGAAGUGACGGUGAGCUGGUAAAGCAGCAGAAGAAGAGAAAGAACAACGGGAAGGAUAAGGAGGCGAAGGGGAAAAAUCCUAAAGAUAAGGAGAAGAGGAAGAGGAACAGCAAUCCAAGUGCGGAAGAAGACGUCGUGGACGGGUUUACUUUCAAAGCGUACAAAAACUACGAGGAUCUCCAGCGAUCACUUCGGUUGGGCGGAGGCGGAGCAUGUGUGGGUGUGGUUAAGAAGAAUAAGACGGCCACCAACCGUUCCACUUCCACCAACACGUCCCCCCUCGCUCCGAAGAAUAAGCAGCCCAAAGUGGUUUUGGCCCCGAUUUCGUCCCAACAGCCGGCACUUCCCACCACCCCUUCGAUGGACCAAGAAAAUGGGGACGCACCCCGACCCCCUCUUCACCACCAUAAUCUCCAUCCCUUCCAUCACCACCCACCCACCAAGAAGAAAAAGGUGAACAACAGCAAAUCCAAGAACAAGGUGGUCACUACUACUACCACGAAUUCAACGAAUUCUAAUCCGCCACCACCACCACUUCCACAAAACACGCAUCAGCUACCCCCACUACCACCAGCAGCACCAUCACAACUACAGCUUCCAUUGUCCGAACCACCGAUAGAUGUUGAGGAGGAUGAUGAUGACUCAAACUUGUCGCCACCAACAAUGCGCUACACUCACCCCCCACUGAUCACAGGACAGCAGCAGCAAGAGCUACCUCCCGGUGCGAGUAAUGGUCAUGGGAAUGGUCCGAGUAACAACAGUACUGCAAUCACGCCACCACUGCAGCUACUCCAUGCAACCCCACCACAGCCUCCUCCUCCUCCAGUGGCUGUGGUCAAGGCGACCUCUUUCUUUGCACCAUACGCACAAAAUGCGGUGACCAGGAUGGAACCUUUCAUACCGGCGCCAUCAAUUAGUAAUAAUAACAAUAAUAGUAAUGGUAUUAAUCAUGGAAACAAUGGGGAUUCUGGUAUGAACGGAGUCACACCACCUCCACCAGUGCCACAACUUGCGAAACAACAAAAUCAGAGUAGCAAGUCACAAAUGUUUGGUUCCAUCGCUCGACUCCUCGAUUCACCGACAGCCUCGUUAUCCUCGUCGGCGUCAUCCACCAGCCCGACGCAGCCUAACAACCACUCCCCCCGUGGUCACUCACCCUCCCGAGAGAGGGAUAGUUAUAGCAGCACCGUGAGCAGCCUCUCAAGCUCUACUAUUGUUCCAGCCGUAGCUCCUCCUCCUCCACUGCCACCUCCGCCCACUGUUUCGCCAAAGUUGCUCCAACAGCCCACCCCUUCAUCACUUGAUCCAUCAUCAUCGUCGUCGUCAUCCAUGAUGUGGCCAAACUCACGGCAUGCACCCUCCACAUACUUUACGCCUGGGACUGGUCAGCAGAGAGACUUUCUCCUCCCCUUGAUCCCACGACCGCCUAUGCAUCAUCACCACCAGAUCCAACAGCAGCAACCCCACCCGCACGAAUGGUUGCUGCGUGGAUUGUCCCCAUCGCCAUAUGCGCCACUCAUGCCAUUCGCACCACCGCCGACACAGAUACAUCCACUCCCACCCAAGCGGAGUGGUCGCUGGAACGUAAUGCAUGUCCGGAUCGCUUGGGAGAUUUACCAACAUCAGAAUAAAGGAGACCGGAAACCACUGCAGCCAACCCCACCUCCGCCCCCACCAGAUCUCUUUCGCCCCCCGCUCUCCUAUCCUCCCAAUGCGGCUCAGAGGGUGGCCGACCUUUACAGACCACCCCCAUCACUCAUGGACCAGCAAAUACAUCAUCAUCAACAACAGCAACAACAGCAGCAGCAACAACAACAAUUGUUAUUUCAUCAUUUGGCUGCGGCAAGUGGGGCUGGGUUAGCAGGACGGUACCACUAUGGAGCCGCUCCCAAUAUGCAAGAUGCCUGGGCAAGACUUGGCCGUGUUGGGCUUGGUGGAGUUUGGGGCGAGGACCUACAACAGCAACAACAGCAAUCUCUUGGAAGUGGAAUUGGAGAAAUGAUGAACAAUAAUAGACGACCCAAUUCCCCGUUCAGAGAUCGGACGAGCGUCGCCGCUUUCCGUGUCGACCGGUGGCGUUCUCUCGUCUCGCUGGUCUCCAUGUUGGGCCCUUCUCCGGAUUGGAUCGUGGGCGUGUCUGGCCUCCAACUCUGCCUCCCAAACUGCACCUGGCUCCCAGAAACAAGUAUUGAUCUCUACCCCUUGGAUGCGGGGACGGAUUCCGGCAUCACGUACAUGUCUCCCAAUACGCCAACUAAUCCCUCCGGUCCGAUCGUACCCCUCACUCCGACUUCACCGGAUGAUCCUAGAUCCCCAUUUCACGGCCUGGCUAAACUCGACCCAUUCGCAAAACUGAAGAUUGAACGGACUCGAAUCUAUCCUCGCGAAUGUUCCGAUACGACAAAGUCUUCGACCCUGUUUCUCGCCGAGAAUUCGCAGAACGAUGUUGAAAGGCCCGAAUGUGCCGUCUUGGACUGGACGCCGUGGAGCGAGUGCUCUGUUCGGUGUGGAAAGGGAUUGCGCAUGCGUAAACGUAACUACGCCAUCCCAAUGAAGGCCGACAUGAUGCGGUGUGACCGGCAGCUCGUCGAGAAAGAAAUGUGUCUCGGAGCACAACCCAACUGUCCCGCAGACGACCCUGACGAUGAGGGCAUCUGUUCUCUGACUCCUUGGUCGGAAUGGUCGCCAUGUUCCGCCACGUGCGGAAAUGGGACGCGUACUCGAACCCGACGCUACAAGAGCCACAUGGGACGGAAAAAGUGCGGCGGCAGUGCGGACCUUACUGGGAGCGAGGACUGUAGCGGGCCUGCCCCUUGCAGUAGCACCAACAAUCAGGCUAAUGUUGUCCCCACUGCAUCAGCAUCCGAUCCAUCGGGCGAUGAUCCCACGUGCCCCCUCUCCCCGUGGUCGGAAUGGUCACCCUGCUCAGUCUCCUGCGGGGCUGGGAUCCGUCUCCGGUCCAGAAUCCUGCUGAACCCGGAGACCUGCAGUGGUGGGAGUGGGGACGCUCUGCGAGAGGCGGAGGACUGCGUGGGGGAGUACGGGGAGGGGUGCACCGUUCAGAGGGAGGAGGCUGAACAGCUCUGUCCCCUCCACCCGGACCAAGGACCCUGUCGAGACAACCUGCUCAGAUUUUACUACCAUGAACAGAAAGGGAUGUGCCUCCCCUUCACGUACGGAGGAUGCAAGGGGAACAGGAACAGAUUCGACUCGGUGGAGGAAUGCCAACAAGUCUGUGGUUUCCUCUCGUCCAGUCCACCAACGGACACAACUACUCCAACAACGAUCACAAGUACAGUAAAAGCGUCGUUUACGCGAACAACGCCCCCACCCCCGGCUCGAACACCCACGACCACGGUUGCAACUCAUCCACCACCUAGUUCUACGUCGUCGUUAAGAAGAACCUGGUUCAUCGGCAUCGAACCGACGACAGCCCAACCGUAUCUCGAGUCAGAAGAGAGUUUCAAUUUGGACUUGGGGGCGGCGACGGACCCACCAUCGGAUUCCUACCUCAACCCACUCCCCCAACUGGAAGAGGACGAACCUCUCCGGGUGGACUGUGUCGUCUCUGCUUGGUCCGAAUGGUCCCCCUGCUCCGUGUCAUGUGGGGCUUCAGGCUUCCGAACGCGGACAAGAAACGUCCUCAUUCAGCCGAGCAGUUCGGGUCGGCGAUGUCCGAGGAAAUUGGGGAAGAGGAAGAGUUGUGCGAUGCCUCCAUGCUGAGCACAUACUAACCAACUCAGCUUGUAUACAUAUGUAUAAUAUAUGUAAAUAAUAAAUCAUCAGCCAAAAAUUA